UCUUUUGUAUGAAUAUAUUUAUUAAACAAUUUUCUUUUUUAAUACACAGAAUGGCAACACGGAGAAAACGUGCAUCAAGUGAUAACAUACACGAAAGAAUGAGUAAAAAGCAUACUCUUGAUUCGGAUGAAGAAGACUCUGACCACUACGAACGUGAAUAUAUGAAUGAUAGCGACAUUGAAGGUGGUGAGGAGGGAAUUUCAAAAGUAGAAGACAAUGUAAAGGUAACACCUUUUAAUAUGCGAGAGGAGUUGGAAGAAGGUCACUUUGAUAAAGAUGGUCACUACCAUUGGAAUAAUGACACGGAAAUAAAAGAUAAUUGGUUGGAUAACAUCGAUUGGGUUAAGAUAGAGAAAGGUGACUCAAAAAAUGACGAUCAGAGCUUAAAUUCAUCGGAUAGUUCUACAGCACUCCCAGAGAAUCCCUUCAAUUUGUCAAUGACACUAAGACAAAUAUUGGAAUAUUUAAAAGAGGACGAAAGUGUUCAACAAGCUUUGAAAAGAUUGGGAAAUCAGCGUCCUGCGGUAACAACUUUAGAAAGAAUAAAACAAAAGAAAGCUGGUAUUGUUGAUCCGAAAACGCAAGAUAUUUUGAAACUAACUGAGCUUGCCAAUGAAGUACUUAUAAAGACUGGAAACAUGAAUAUAUAUGAGGAAACUUCUGAAAGCAUUAAGUUAAAGCUCACAGAUUUGCCUAGUACCAGCAAAGCUAAAAUUGAUAGCGAGGUCGAUAUGUAUUCUGAUGAUUUCGAUUUGAAAGAGUCUCAACUUGUUAAAGCACGUACUAAAUUAAAUCAAUCUUUGACCGAUUCGUCUGCAGUUAUGUGGGAGUUUAAGUGGACACAAAAUAGCGAUGAAAUUCAUGGCCCUUUUGCCACUGAUAAGAUGUUAAAAUGGUCUAAAGAAAAAUAUUUCAAAAAUGGAGUGUAUGCUCGAAAAUGUGGCGAAAAAUCCAACUUUUAUUCCAGCAAUAGAAUAGAUUUUGAAUUAUAUUUGUAAAUUAUCAAUAUAUUGCAUGUACGUACAUAACUCCACAGAAAGAGUUUUAAUUAAUGCG